GCAGGUGACUUUUCAAUUGACAUAGAUAUACCUGGCAGGGUGGAAGGGGAUGAGGGUGCUUUAAACAGUAGUCAACUCCUACCUGAUGAUGGUGUAUUAAUAGAUAUUCCAAUUAUAGAAGCUGGUGAUGAUGAAGGAGCUAAGGCUGGUGGAGAGAGUUCAAACCAAUCAUUUACAGCUUCUAGAGAGACAGCAGAACUCUCUCAAUCUUUUGAUUUUGAAACUGAUGUCCAAUUGUGGGUGCCCCCUGAACCAGAUGAUCUGGAGGAUGAUGUUGAAGACAGAGUGGCUCCCAAUGAUGAAUGUGGUGAUGGCACAAAAUGGGGUCAACCAAGUUCUUUAAGUAGCUUUCAUGAAGAAGGCAGUGGCAUCUACAAGUUUAAAGAAGAGCGAAAGAAAGUAAGGCUAGAGAAGGCAAUGCAAGAGGUGAUGAAUGGGAAAUUUAAGGUCCUUGUCAGUCAACUUCUUAUGUUGAAAGGCAUUUUUUUGUCAGAAGAGACUGGUGAGAGCUGGGUUGACAUAGUUACUUCUUUAUCAUGGGAAGCUGCGUUGAUUGUGAAGCCUGAUGCUUUUGAGGGUAAAACAAUGGAUCUGGAAGGUUAUUUCAAGGUUAAAUGUAUUGCAACUGGUUCUCGCAACCAAAGUCAAGUGAUAAAAGGCUUGGUUUUUAAGAAAAAUUCUGCACACAAGCACAUGCAUACCAAGUACAAGAAUCCUAGAUUGUUGCUGCUGCAGGGAAUGCUUGGCCAGUGUUCAAGCAGGUUGUCAUCAUUUGAUUCAAUGGAUCAGGAGAAAGAUAAUAUGAAGACAAUCAUUGAGAUGAUAGAAACGUGCCACCCUAAUGUGGUUUUGGUGGAGAAAACUGUUUCUCAUGAUGUGCAAGAGUCUCUUCUUACAAAAGGAAUAACAUUGGUCUUUGAUAUGAAGCUUCACCGGCUAGAGCAAAUUGCUCGUUGUACUGGUUCAAAAAUUGUGUCUUCUGCUGAUAGUUUGGUGAACCAAGAGAUGAAACAAUGUGAUUCUUUCCAUUUUGAAAAGUUUAUUGAGGAACAUGGUGGUUAUGUUGAGGGUGGGAAGAGACCCAGUAAGACUUUAAUGUUCCUUGAGGGUUGUCCUAGACCUCUGGGCUGUACGAUUUUACUGAAGGGAGCUCCGAGUGAUGAAUUGAAAAAAAUUAAAUGUGUGGUGCAGUAUGCAGUUCUUGUGGCAUAUCACACAAUCCUGGAGACUUCUUUUCUUGUUGAUCAAAGGGCAAUGUUCUCUUCUGUUCGUUGUAGUAGAAUAGCAAAUGGAUUUCUGUCAGAUCAAAAAAUACCAUUUGUUGGAUCUUCUGGUGCAUUUCUUCACCCAAAUGGUUCUUGGGUUGACUCUCCAGCUCUUUCCUGUACUACUACUGAAAUUCCUAUUUCUGAUGGCUUCCGAGAAAAGUCUGUUAAUGAAGGAAUGUCUCCAAACUCAGUUUUGGGGUUAGAUGGCAAUAGUACACUUCUACGAUCUUAUCCUAAUGUCCAUUCAUUGGGAAAUGAUAUUUCUGAAAGUGCAUUUAUUAGUCAUAAUAUGCCUGACAAUGAAAGUUGUCAUUUAUCAGAAGCACUUUAUGAUCCAAUCAUACCAACUGUUCAUUCUGGGCAGUUAUUGUCAUCAUUGUCAGCCUCUGUUAAGAUCCUUGUAGAUAGCUUCCCUCUUGUCUCAUCCACUACCUACCACUCUAUCUCCACAUGCUUAGGUUUCAAGGAAAGGGAACUAGAGAACAAGAAAUCAGCUGUAUUUCCUGUGACUACAUCUCCUGAAGCACUUGACAUUUGUCAGACAGAAAUAGAGAAUGUUGUGGAAGAAAUGAGGUCACAUAUUGGUAAACAAGCUGAGCCUUUGUCAGCUUGUCCUGAAAUACCUCUGGACACUGUCAAGGUUGAUAUUGAUAAUGAAGAUCAAAUGGAACAUAAUAAUGGUAUCAGCAGUGCUUUAGAUACCCAGGCCAUUUUAUUUCUGAUGUGCAGUCGAAAUAUCUUAAGAGGAACUAUCUGUGAGCAAAACCGUCUUUCUCGUAUUAACUACUAUAGGAAUUCUGAUGUGCCCCUUGGAUGGUUCUUGUGUGAAAACUUACUCAAUCAGAGGCACCGGUGCUCAAAAUGCAGUGAACCUCCAGAAUCUCAUAUUUACCAUUAUGCACAUCAUAAUGGGAGGCUGACAAUACGAGUUAAACAACUUCCUAAGGAGUUGCAUUUGCCUGGUGAAGCAGAAGGGAAACUUUGGAUGUGGACUAGUUGUUUAAAAUGUAAGCCUGAGAAUGGAAUCCUCAAAUCUACACGAAGAGUGGUGAUAUCUACAGUAUCCCUUGGGCUUUCAUUUGGAAAAUUCUUGGAGCUUAGCUUUUCAAACCACUAUACUUCCUGUAGGUUGUCUAAUUGCACACAUUCAUUGUUUGGAGACAGCCUUUUCUUCUAUGGAUUGGGUCCAACAGUUGCAAUGUUCAGGUACUCUCCAGUAGAUAUUUAUACUGUAUCCAUGCCGCCUCAGAUUUUAGAGUUCAAUAAUCCAAUUGGACAAGAAUGGUUCAAAAAAGAAGCUGAAGAUGUGCUUACAGAAGGGCUGUUACUAUUCAUGGAGGUUAACAACUCAUUGUGGAAGAUAGGGUCAGGGUUUUCUAGCUCACUUUCAAAUGUACCCCUGGGACUUGGUGGUCCAGUAAGGAAACUCUCUGAAGUUGAAGAGAUGUUAAGGCAAGAAAAAUCUGAUUUUGAGGCACUCAUUCAGAAAGCUCUUGAUAAGAAUGGGCAUCUGGAGCAGUCAGUUCACAAGCUUCUCAACUUGAAUGGAUUACGAUGGGAACUCUGCCUUGAGUUAUAUGUUUGGGAUCGGCGUUUGCAUUCUCUUAUGUUUUCUGACUCUAGAAUCAUUAACAAUGGUUGUAGUAAUAAAGAAGUGUAUGAUGAGCAACUAGUGCUGCAGAAGAGUGGCAUUUCUGCAGGAAGAACCAAGGAAAGAAAAAAUACUUUGCCCUCUUGUGAAGGAAUUUCUGAUGAUGCUUCUAUCAUUUGUAAUGAUCCACAUGAUGUUGAAACCACUUUAUCGUCUAUCAAUUAUCAUAAUUCUGGAAACUCUGGUUUCAUCCUAGAGACUGAACCAAAAGUCAAGUUGGAGGAAACAUCUAUAGCUGAUGAAAUUAAUAUUACAGAAGUCAAGGCUUCAGAACCUAUGCAUGAAGAUUUUCUUUCAGGAUCUGGUCAAUCAAACACUUUGGUCAACAGCUCUUUUCAUGCUGACACUAAUGAAGGGCAAACUGUGGGGCAUUUGAGCCCUGUUCAGUUCUCCAGUAAUGAGUGUGCAUCCACUGCAAGCAGAAUGUUGGACAACUUUGUUCUUGGUCAAGGCUGUUAUAAAGGACCCUCUUGUUCCUCUAUUCUUCCUUUGGAUGGUGAUAAUUGUCAAGGAAACUAUGUUCCCAUUUCUGAGCAUUUACAGGGUUAUGGAACUAAUACAGUUACUACUGAUAGUCUUAGACACACUGACUCUAUUAUCAGUGUGGAUCUUGAUGGUUCAACACUUGAUGAGAUGGAUAUGAACUCUGGUUCCAAGGAUCUGGACCCUGGUGCAUAUACAAAUUCCAUAUUUUCCAACUCAGCUGACUCUGAGGACUGGGUUUGGAAUUCUUUUGCAGAAAUACGUAAGGCAUAUAGAAAGGAGCUUCGGAGAGGCUGCUCACAGAAAUUUAGAUUCAUCAAUAACUACACACCAGAAUUCCUAACCUCACUCACUCAGUUGAUAAUGAAUGAUGGGUCUAGGUUGCAUGUUCCUGUUGGUCCUGAUGACAAUGUCGUGUCAGUAUUUGAGGGUGAAUUUUCAAGUAUAAUUGCCUGCGCUCUUGCCUUAUUGCAUGAUCAACAUAGAUCAACCAAAACAUGGGAAGGGAGAGCAGAGACUGGUAAAACAAUUGAGAGUUUGCAAAACCUAUCUUCAGAUGUUUCUCUUACUUCACCAUAUUGGUCUUCAACUAGUUAUUUGGAUUCUAAUAGACUGCACUUAACUGAAAGUGUUUCAAUGGAAGAAUUGCAAGCAUCAAGUUCCGAUGGCUUGAAUCCACUGGAUCCUCUGAUGUUCUCACGGUCUCUUCAUGUAGAGAUAUCUCUAGGUGUUGGAAAAUUUGCCAAGAAGGGUAAAUAUUCAGUCGUUUGCUUAUAUUAUAAAGAGUUUCAUGCUCUUAGAAGGCAGUGCUGUCCAUGUGAGCUUGAUUAUAUUGCUUCCCUCAGUCAUUGUCAGAACUGGGACGCUAAAGGUGGAAAGAGCAAAUCUUUCUUUGCGAAGACCCUGGAUGACAGGUUUAUCAUUAAAGAAAUCAAGAAAACAGAAUUUGAUUCAUUUUUGAAGUUUGCUCCAGAUUAUUUCAAGCAUAUUAAUCAAUCAUUCAACUCAGGAAGCCAGACCUGCCUUGCAAAAAUUUUAGGACUAUAUCAGGUUAUUAUCAGACAGUCUAAGAGUGGAAAAGAAUUUAAACAUGAACUGAUGGUGAUGGAAAAUCUUACAUUUGGCCGAAAUAUUGCACGCCUGUAUGAUCUCAAAGGCGCUCUGCACUCUCGAUAUAUUUCAGCUGCUGAUGCUUCAAAUAAUGUUCUUUUGGAUCAGAAUUUCAUUGACGACAUGCAUGUUUCUCCUUUGUUUGUCAGUUCAAAAACAAAGCAUCUAUUGCAACGGGCUGUUUGGAACGACACAUCUUUUCUCACCUCAAUAAAUGUUAUGGACUACUCUUUACUUGUGGGGGUGGAUACUCAGCGGCAUGAACUUGUUUGUGGUAUUAUUGAUUACUUGAGACAAUAUACCUGGGACAAACAUCUUGAGACAUGGGUGAAAGCCUCCCUUGUUCUUCCAAAAAAUGUCUCCCCAACAGUCAUCUCUCCAAAGGAGUAUAAGAAACGAUUCAGGAAGUUCAUGUCUAUGCACUUUUUAAGUGUUCCAGAAUGUUGGAAUCCCCAAAUACCUUUGGGCUUUUGCAAGUUCUGUUACAACAAGAGCGAUGAUUCUUCUCAAUUAAAAGACACAUAGCAGAGCCAGAAUGAGAACAAUAAUUUCCAUGCCUAGAUGCCAUUCUGUGCAGUUCCAGUUCAUCUUUUGUUUUAAGUGUCAAAGUUCCACCCAUUCUCAAGGAUUGUAUAUAGAUAUAUAUUGUUACCAUUUGUAAAAAUACCCCUAUUCUUUUUUUUUAUUUUUUUAUUUUCUUGCAUUUUUAUCUAAUUAUUGGGGUAUUCCAUCUUUAUAGUGCCAUAUAGUUGAGUCUCAUUCAUAUGUUAUUUUCCUGUCAUUAUUGAAUUGUUCAAUGGAUAUUGUAAAUACAUG